CGUCUUGGAACCACGUGACGAUGCAGGGGCGGGGCUUUGGAUUUUGAAAAGCGUGGCGGGAAGGCCUCUAAAGCUACUGUCUCGUGCUUUGGAAGGGGCGAAUUACCAAGGCUUUGGGGGAGGCCUUCUUCUGGUGGUUUCUCGUUUGGAUCCCGACCCUGCUGGUCCAUUUCCUUCCUGCCCGCCAUGGCGAAGCAGCAGAGCCGGGAGCAAGGCAUCACCCUGCGGGGCAGCGCGGAAAUCGUGGCCGAGUUCUUUUCAUAUGGCAUCAAUAGUAUUUUAUACCAACGUGGGAUCUAUCCUGCUGAAACCUUCACACAUGUUCAGAAAUAUGGGCUCACUAUGCUUGUAACAGCAGACUCUGAACUUAAAAACUACUUGAAUAAUGUCGUGGGGCAAUUAAAAGAAUGGCUCUAUGAGUGCCUGGUUCAGCGGCUAGUAGUGGUGAUUUCUAGUAAGGAAACCAGUGAAGUUCUUGAAAGGUGGCAGUUUGAUAUUGAAUGUGACAAAAGCUCAAAGGAUGAAAAUGUCCCAAGGCAGAAAUCUCAGAAAGCUAUACAGGAUGAAAUAAAAUCUGUUAUUAGGCAAAUAACAGCUACGGUGACAUUUCUUCCAUUGUUAGAAACUACUUGUGCAUUUGACUUGCUAAUUUUCACAGACAAAGACUUGGAAGUUCCAGAAAAAUGGGAGGAGUCGGGGCCACAGUUUAUUGCCAACUCCGAAGAAGUCCGCCUCCGUUCCUUCACAACCACCAUACACAAAGUGAACAGUAUGGUGGCCUACAAAAGGGAUGCUUUUCCUUGACAUGGCAGAUACCGUUGUAAAGUUCCUUAGCUGCUAAUCGUUACUUUCUAACUGUACAUAUUUCCUGUCUUGCCUUCACUAACAUUUUAUCAUUAAAUAUCUUCUGAAUAUACCAAAUUACAAAGGUCUGUAGCUUGUCGAUGGCUAAGUAAUCAAGUCACCAUGCCAAAAUGCCAAGGUUAUCUAAUUUGAAGCCCAGUCUUGAGAACUGCAGUGUGGAUAUAUUGUUACUGUAAUUUUUUUUAUUAUGUAUCAGAAUUC